CGACCUCCUCCCUCUUCGUUUUGCGUGAUCAACUUCUACUUCCUUCCCUCUCCUCCCUCCAUAUCUUGACCUAUCGAAUUGUCGCGCAAUCCCUCUUGCCGCUCCCACCUUCCGCGACAAUGUCAAACACCCACCAGAAGCCGCUCCCUUUCGUCUACCAGUUCGCCGCCGGCGCGGUGGCUGGUGUGUCUGAGAUCUUGGUCAUGUACCCAUUGGAUGUGGUCAAGACGCGAGUUCAACUGCAAUCCAGCGUCCGCGUCCCCGGUGAAGAAUACUACAAUGGCAUGUUCGACUGCCUUCGCAAGAUCGUCAAGAACGAGGGCUUCUCCCGCUUGUACCGCGGCAUCUCAGCCCCCAUCCUAAUGGAAGCGCCGAAGCGCGCCACCAAAUUCGCCGCAAACGACAGCUGGGGCAGCUUCUACCGGGGACUGUUCGGCGUGGAGAAGCAAACGCAAUCUCUCGCGGUCCUGACGGGCGCAACGGCCGGCGCAACGGAAUCCUUUGUCGUGGUGCCCUUCGAGCUGGUCAAGAUCCGUCUGCAAGACCGCGCCUCGGCAGGCAAGUACAACGGCAUGCUGGACGUAGUCAAGAAGAUCGUGCAGAGCGAGGGCCCGCUGGCGCUGUACAACGGUCUCGAAUCCACCCUGUGGCGCCACAUCCUCUGGAACGCCGGAUACUUCGGCUGUAUCUUCCAGGUGCGGGCGCAGCUGCCCAAGGUGGAGCCCGGGAAUAAGACGGAGCAGACGCGGAACGACCUGAUCGCGGGUACGAUCGGUGGAACGGCGGGUACGAUCCUCAACACGCCCAUGGAUGUCGUCAAGUCGCGGAUUCAGAAUAGCCCGCGGGUGCCCGGGCAGACGCCCAAGUAUAACUGGGCCUGGCCGGCUUUGGGGACGGUGAUGAAGGAAGAGGGAUUCGGGGCGCUGUACAAGGGAUUUAUCCCCAAGGUGCUGCGGUUGGGUCCUGGUGGUGGUAUUUUGUUGGUGGUAUUUACCGGCGUGAUGGAUUUUUUCCGCAACAUGCGCGGGGAGAAUAUCUGAUUGGAGUGCUUUUCUGUUUCUUUUUGCUUGCAAAUAGAGAAAGACUUGGUUUGGUUAGAUUGUGGGGUAAAGAGUUAUCUUUCAGAUCAAUCGAGUUCCAUGACAUACGCUUCCGAAACAUAAGACGACUUUCAUACUGGGAGGAAAAUUGAUGACCUACGUGCUCAAUCGUGUAAUACUGAAUCUCAUUGAAAUAGUAGCAAGAAGAAAAACAAGUACCCAUCGCAAUGUAUAAUAAACUAAUCACUAUAUAACACAGAACAGUAAAGAACAUCCGAGAUACUAUAGAAUCGCGAAAUGGGAAACGGCGAUCUUGGGCAAGCAAAGAAAGGGUAUCGAUGUAAAAACGCAUGCAAAAGCCCCUCUCAGACGGGCAGCGUUGCUAGCAGAAAACGAGUUCGCACCGCGUUCUGGAUAAAUAGACAAAAGCAG